UCGCAAUUCGUUCCAAUCUCGCCUUCUAGCGUCAAUUAAUCAAUGUCCUUCUGCGCGGGCCUCUCACUAGGUACCCAUGAUAUGCCUUGACCGGCUUGGCCCGCGACUUGUAGCGCUUCUCCUUUGACCAACCUGCUUCAUCUCGUGCUCCCCAAUGGCAUAUACAGAGGGUAGUUUCUUGUCCAAUCACCAAGGAAGGUGGAAUGUGACAAAGCUGGUUUUGCGCUCUAUCAGCUUUUUUAUAGGUAUCAUUAUCAUCGGCCUGUCUGCAGGCGACGGUGUUCAUAUCUUAACCGUCGGAGACGACUAUCUUCUUGAUUGGGCAUAUACCUUCCCAGUUGUAUUUGUUACCUUCGCCACAGACGCCGUGGAGUUAGGUCUCGGCUUCCUCUGGAAGCGAAACCCUGGCAUUCGGCCUGGCUGGCACAUCGGUGCAGAGCUUGUCUUACUGGGAGGGAAUGUAGUAGCCCUCUAUUUGCUAUCACAGCGAUUUCCCCCAGAUUAUGGGUGGUUUAACGGCAAUCGCAUAUAUUCCACUAUUCGCUCCAUCAAAGCCGCUUUAAUCGCCUUUGAGAGUAUCUUGGCUAUCGAUCGCUUCAUCCUCUUCGUGAUGGCUUGUGUAGACACACAUAUAUACCAUACCGCUGUCCAAGUCCAGAUGAUAGUACAAGCGCUACGCCAGCAGAACGCGAACGAUCCGACGACAGCUGGUCUAGUAAAUAAUGCGAUGUAUUUGGAACAACAGGGCAUCCCUACCCACGGAUACCAACAGAUGCCGCGACCCUCUCACGAACCAUACCCUACGCCCGAGUACUACCGAGAAUUGCCAGACAACCAAAAAUUCCAAGGCGACAUACGUAGACAACUGUAUGCGACUUAGUAAUACCCAUAUCUUUUUUCAACAACUACCCUCGACCCAAGUUAAUGAUGAUCGUCGACGAAACACAUAGAAUAUUUGUGAGAGCUCGACUCCUUUUUCGGCUUGUGCUCUAGAGCGCUCCGCAUCUUCGUUUCAAGUCCACCUCGAUGGUCGACGUCUAGUUCACGAUAUAUCAUGACGAUAGGGCAUCGCUAUUCUGACUAUCGACUCACUCGCCCACGCUCGCUUCUUUUCUUCGGAUCCUAUAUUAAUCUUGACUGGCAAAUAUAUAGUGUUAUUAUCACUACCCCCGGCGCUACCCAUAGACGAUACGAGCACUAGAUGUUCAACCCCAUCUCUGCAUGAAGGAGGGAGGAUAUGGAAACGGCUGAAGCACAAUCGCAGAUACAACCUUCCGAAGCACAGCCGUAUAGCAUCUGAUCGGAUACACCGGAUAACAU